AACACUCCCCACACAACAUAUAAACAGAACAAACACAGAUCCAAAAAAGUGCUUAUAAACAAAAUAAAACAAAAAAGAAAAAAAAAAGAAACAGAACACAGAACAAAACGAACGCCUCUCUCUGUUUUGCUCUGUUUCUUAUUCUUCUUCUUCGUUUGAUUCGUUCAUUCUUUCUUUCUUUCUUUCUUUCUUUCUUUCUUUCUUUCUUUUCUUCUUCAAAUAUGGAGAAGCACAAAUGCAAGUUAUGCUUCAGAAACUUCUCUAAUGGAAGAGCUUUGGGGGGACACAUGAGGUCUCACAUGAUGAACCUCCACGUCCCUCCAAAGCCGAACGAAUCGCCGCCGCCGUCGCCGCCUGCAAUUCAACUCAGCUUCGAGGCUGAGUCGUCAACUCCGCUCUCACCAUCGGCGUCGUCGUCAUCUUAUUUCGGAAAAGAAGACGAUACGAGCUUGUACUAUGGCCUCAGGGAGAAUCCAAAGAGAAGCUUCAGGAUCGCGGAUCCUGAGUUCUCGUUCGUGGCUGCCGGAGACACCGGAUCGGUUAUACUCCAAGAAGAUCGAGAGAGCGAAACGGAGUCUUCAAAGAACGUAACGAAGAAAAGAUCCAAAAGAGCGUGGAAACUCGGCGGCGGCGGUGAUGAUUUCAAUAGCAAGAAGGUGAAACUGAGCCAACUCGGUAACGGCAACAACAAGAACGAGUCAGCGAGUUCGGCUUCUGAUGCAACCACCGAAGAAGACAUCGCAUUAUGGCUCAUGAUGCUGUCACGUGACACUGGUAACAAUUGGAAGAUUAAUCACAAGAUCAACAUAAACAUAGAAGAACAAGAACUGGAAGAAGAAGAUUAUGACGAAGAGGACGAAGACGAAGAGGAGGAAGAAGAGGACGAAGGCGAAGAGAGUGAUGAGUAUGAGGUUGUGAAGAACAAAGCGAAGUCGAAUAAGGUGAGAGGAGGAAGGUACAAAUGCGAGACGUGCAACAAAGUUUUUAGGUCUUAUCAAGCAUUGGGUGGCCAUAGAGCGAGUCAUAAGAAGAUGAAGAUGGAUUACAACAAUCAUAAUGAUUCUGAAUUCAUGGUGGUAGAGGAUCACGCUGAUGAGAAUGUUAACAACAAUAACAAUGAAGUUUUUGCUUCUUCUGCUUUGGCUUCCGUAGAAAACGGUAACAACAACAAUGGUGGCAAUAACAAUAACAAGAAGAUCCAUGAAUGUCCCGUUUGUUUUCGAGUUUUCGCCUCCGGUCAAGCUCUCGGUGGACAUAAGAGAACUCAUGUUACUACUGUCUCUACUCCCACUAUCACUACUAGAGCAAUAGCAGAAGUAAAAGCAGAAGCAGAAGCAAUCGCGGCCUCAAAGGCCGCGGUUGCCACCGCUAGUUCCUCAAAGCUUGGAAGAGAGAGUUUCAUAGAUCUUAACCUCCCUGCCCCAGCCGAAGAAGAUGAUGCGAGCCAAUUCGAGGAUUCCGCGGUUUCGGAUGCAGAGUUUGUGAAUCCGGUGAAGGUUUUUCCUAGAUGAAAGUCUUUUCUCACUAUAAUUAUGAUGAUUAUCUUGGUUGUUAUUGAUCCAAAAAGGGACUAAAAAAUUUUGGUUCAGUAUUUUUCUUUUUUUUUUUUUUCUAUGUUCUCUUCUCAAGAACAAUUUUUAGAUUUGUUCAGUUACAGCUAAUUGGGGUAAUAUGGUUUACUCUAUAGUUGUUAUUUACUUAAUAAUUUCAAUAUCAG